UUUUGUUUUAAAAUUAAAAAAUAGAAGUCACGCCGACUUGGCCUCCAUCCGUCAAGCAACGCCGUCGUCGCCGCACCUGUUUCGCCGACCACCGCCAUCUCCUAGAUGGAUUCUCCGCCGCCUCCGACGCAAAGGCACAAAUGCUCUGCAUGUUACAAACAAUACAAGAAAAAGGAACACCUUAUUGAGCAUAUGAAGAUUUCCUGCCACUCGGCUCAUGAUCCAAAGUGCCCUUUAUGCAAAAAACAUUGCAAAUCAUUAGAAUCUGUUAGGGAACAUCUUACAGGUCUACUGCCAAAAGAUAAUUGUGCAGAUAUUUUUGCAACUAAUGGCUGCAAGCUUUGCCUAAACAUCUUUGAUAGUCCUGAUGACCUAAGUGAACAUAUGGAUCUGUGUCUCAUGGCUUCUGCUAUUGCUCCUGGACCUAUGAGCAUGCCAAUCAUGGACAAUUGUUUUCUUCCUGAAAGUCUGCUCAGCUCAGGUCUAAGUAACCACAACAAUGAAGUGGUUGCUAUAGACUGUGAGAUGGUCGGAGGUGGGAGUGAUGGUUCGCUUGAUCUUUGUGCACGGGUUUGCAUAAUCAAUGAAGAUGAGAAUGUGAUUUUUCAUUCUUUUGUGCAGCCUAUCAUUCCCGUGAAUGACUACAGGUACGAGUUGACGGGUAUAUCACAAGAACAUUUGGCAAGUGCUUCACCUUUGUUAGAUGUUAGUAAUAAAAUUGAGGAGAUACUCUACAAUGGAGAACCCAGUUGGAAAGCUCGGCUUGAUGGUGGAAAAGCUAGGAUUCUUGUGGGCCAUGACUUAGAACAUGAUCUAAAUUGUCUAAGAAUUUCCUACCCUGAUCACUUAAUAAGGGAUACAGCGAAGUACCGCCCAUUAAUGAGAACAAAUUUGGUCAGUCAUUCAUUGAAGUACCUGACAAAGACAUAUCUAGGAUAUGAAAUUCAAACGGGUAUUCAUAACCCCUAUGAAGAUUGUGUUGCUGCGAUGAGGCUAUACAAAAGAAUGCGUGCACAAUUGCACGGGAGUCCACCGUUGCCGGUGCCAAAUGAUUGCAGUAGUAUUUUUUGCAAAAGAAGCCACAAUCCUUUCGACUUGAGAAUGCUCAUGGAACUGAAAAAGAUGUCUUCUGAUGAACUCCUUGCGAUGUCAAUUUCAAGCUACAAGUGCUGGUGUCUCGACAAUUUACAUUGCACAGAUUUUUAGCAUGUUCUAUUUAUCUUAUUCAUCCGAGGGUGACUAUCAAUUUUUUUAUUGAAAAGAAAAUAAUGUCAUCGAAUUUACCUGCUAAAAAAAGACUAUUUUUAAGUUCUUUU